UUUCUCGCAACUUCAAAGAAAAAUUCUAUUUCUUCCUUGCGAUAUUGGGGUUCCAACACCUCUACAACUUCUACAAAUUCUCUGUAGCAUAACAUUUUUGAUAUUCAACUCUGUCAUGCAAAGAUGAGCUGGAGGAACAGUUUUCGUUGUUUAUCCAAGCGAUACAAGUGCAGAUCAUCAGAAAGUUUCACGAUAAAUGAGCUUUGGGAUGGGAUUUUUGUUGCUACAAAGGAUUCUUUUUUCCAGUCACAAUCACAAAGAGGAUACCUAUCGUCCUCGCUUAGUCCAACUGGAAAUCCUUCUGAAGCAUUUAAUUAUGAAGGAACUGUCCCAGGGAGGGCUAAACUGCCUGGAUUUGUUACUGGCCUUGCCCAAGGGACUAGACCAGGUGCAAUUGUUUUAUCUCGCCAAUAUGGGCAGAGGUCGGCAGAUGGUCCUGAUUUAAGCAGGGAAUUUUUUGUGCAGCUUUGGCUUGCCGAUGAAAAGAAACAAAGAUCUGGAGGAAUACAAAAAAGAAAAUUGAGAAAUACCGUAGACCAGAGAAGAACAGGUUUUGGAAGUCAAACAUCUUCCCAAGUUCCAUUUGGAAAAUGGUUUUCAGGUGCGUCCAUUCCAGAAGAGACAUCUUACAGUGAAGUCAAGCCAGUUCUCAAGCAACCACCUACUAGCCAAUCUGUGACAGGUAUUUUGGAGCCAACAUCACUUGAGGAGGCCAAGGUUGCACCUCUUCUUGCAAGAUCUAACUUGCUAAUUACAAGAGAUAUAGAGUGGGCUAAUCUUAUGCUUGGUUUUGAGCAAGAAAACAGAUAUGCAGUUAUGGAUGUCUGUUACCCACAGUCACCUGUAGGUUUUAUUCGUGAACAAAGUAACGUCCUUGCCAGACAGUUUCUUCGUACAAGGCGUCCAUUUGUGGCUUGCAUAACUGACGCCCUGGGUAAUGAGCUCUUUAGGGUUCGGAGGCCCUUUUGGUGGAUCAACAGCUCAAUUUACGCAGAGAUAAAUGGAAAAGAGGUUGGUGUUGUCCACAGAAGAUGGCAUCUCUGGAAGAGAAUUUAUGAUUUGUACUUGGGGAAUAAGCAGUUUGCUGUUGUUGAAAAUCCUGGCUUCUGGAAUUGGACAUUUACUUUAAAGGACAUCGAUGGGAAGGUGCUGGCUCAGAUAGAUCGUGAUUGGAGGGGUUUUGGUUUUGAGAUUUUCACUGAUGCUGGCCAGUAUGUGAUUCGGUUCGGGAAUGCACAUUCUAGUAUUUGUCCUAUUACAGGGAUUCAAGAGUUGGAAGUAGCUCGCCCUUUAAUCCUAUCAGAAAGAGCAGUAGCUGUUGCACUUGCUAUAUCUCUGGAUAAUGAUUAUUUUUCAAGACAUGGAGGCUGGGGAAUACCAUUUGUUGUAGUCAGUGAAUGAGAUUAAAUAUGUGUACUUAACUAGAAGAUGUAUAGAGCACCAACGUGGGAGUAAUCAAGACCCUGUUUUCUCAAGAUCUCUACAGUAUUCUUCAUUAUGUUUUAGAUCAUCCUACUGAUCAAAGAUCAUCAUACUCAUGAAAAAGAUCAUCCUGCUGUAAGAAAAUGCUGCUCGGUCAGGUACUCACUGGUUCCUCUUUCAAGUAUUAGUCUCUGCUGUUUGUUGGCCUUCUAGUUUUGCUACACAGCUUGUUCUGAUGAUGAUGAUGUUUGGAGAAGUCUUCGCGCUGGAGUAAGCUCCCUCCAUCUUAAUGUUUUUGAUGGGGUUCGUUAUGUGAUUUCAUUGCAUUUUAGCUAAAAACUUUUACUUGCUGUUUAUGCCCUUGAACUUGUAGUGCUUUCUCUACUGAGAAUCGACACGAAAUGUUCUGUCAAUGUCAAUUUGAUAUGUAUAUCAGCUGAGAAUUUUAGCGUUCCUGGACUACUUGGAAUCAUACAUUUUAAAGUAUUAUCAUAGGUUCAAUUAUCAAUUAUGUACUUUACUGUUACUACCAA